AGUUCUUCAUCACGUACUGGUCUUGAGGGACGUAGUAUGUCACUUGGUGCAAUGACUGUAAUGUCAUACGAUAUAUGGAAAGCAAAGUGUGCAGCUGAAAAGAAACGUCUUGAAGCUGAGGGUAAAGGUGUUGGAGACUUGAAGAUUGACGAGGAUCAGCCAAAUGCUUCACCACCAGCUCGUAAACGUGCUCAUACAUUUGUCGCUAGG